AUGACUAGAGAAAGUGUCCUAGACCUUACUCUAGUCAGCCCAAGCCUAGCCAGCAAAAUCCAGGACUGGAUCGUACUCCCAGAUCUCGGAUCGGAUCACUACGGUAUUAGCUUCACUAUUGCCGGCAAUACCCGACCGCUAGUCGAUAAUCUAAGUUUGGCCACCGCCUACAAUACCGACCUAGCCGACUGGGGUAUAUUCUCAGAGAAGCUGAAGUCCGGUAUAGUUAACUGUAUAGCUCUCAAUUCACCCGAAUUGAUAACUAUACUUAAUUAUACGAACUCCUUAGCUAUACUUGAGGAAGAAGAGAGUAGUAUAACUAUACUACUUGACGAAGCUUCCAAAGAGUUAACUAAGGCGGUUACGGAGGCGGCGGACCUAAGUAUCCCAAAAAGGAAGGUAGGGGCUAGGGUUAAGCCUUGGUGGAACGAUAGCCUUAAGGAACUACGCCAGAAAAUGAUCCGGAAUCAACGAACGUUUAUCCGGUAUAGCUAUAACUAUACCGCUAAACGCGACUACCUUAUAGCUAAAAACGCCUACUUUUUAGCUAUAAAACAAGCUAAACGGAGCCACUGGAACGACUUUCUUGAAAAGGAGGAUCCAAAGACGAUUUUCAAGGCUAUGGCCUAUACCAGGGACCGACAGAUCGAACUAAUACCACCUAUUCAGGCUAGUACCGAUCCGGAACACCUAGAGUCCUCAUUUGCCGGCAAAUGCUCUAGUUUUCGCUCUACGCUCUUCCCACCGCCCCCUGAAGCUCCAAAGCCAACUUGGAAUAGCUAUACCCCUUCGAAUAAGUGGCUUUGGCCUAACUUAACUAUACCGGAGCUAGCUACGGCUUGUACGACUAAGCUUAAGGGCAAAACACCUGGACCGGAUCUAAUUACGCAAGUAAUUAUCCAACACGCCUAUAACGCUAUCCCGGAGGUCUUUUUUAGGCUCUUUUCGGUACUAAUAGACGUCGGCUAUCACCCUACCUACUGGAAACAAGCUACCGGAGCUAUUCUCAAAAAGCCAGGAAAGCCUAAUUACGCCUUACCUAAGGCGUAUAGGGUAAUAUCACUACUUAAUUGCUUAGGCAAGGUCAGCGAACGGAUUCUAGCUCAACGACUAGGCUAUUUAGCUGAAACAACUCAACUACUCCACCCUAGCCAAAUAGGGGGUAGGCUUAAAAAGUCGGCUAUUGACGCAGCUUUACUCUUCAAUAACGAGGUCGAAAUAGGCCUAAAAAGGAAGCAAAAGACGUCGGCUUUACUAUUAGACGUCAAAGGAGCCUUCGAUCACUCGUUCCUUAGUAAUCGACAGUUACGCCUAGCCUUUGACGGCCAAAUAGAGCAAUUUGCCGCCCUUAAUACCGGUAUCCCCCAAGGCUCUCCGAUAUCACCUAUCCUAUUCCUUAUUUAUAUAAGGGGCCUCUUUACCGGUAUAGUUACAGCCCGUCCACUCUCCUAUAUCGACGAUAUAGCUCUAAUAGUUACUACACCUAACUAUACGAGUAAUAUUAAGAUAUUAGAGAAAGAGGCAGCUAGGCUAUUCGAUCAAGGGGCUAAAAGUGCGAUUCAAUUCGAUCUAGCCAAGACCGAACUAAUCCACUUCGGGCCGAGUAAAGCCAAGCUACGCCUACCGGAUCAAACUCGAAUAGAGCCUAAACAGCUAGUCCGGUGGCUCGCCCAAGCUAAAUCGGCUUUCUUACGCCUAGCCCGACUAGCUAAUACCGAACGUGGCUUAUCCCCGGCAGCUAUACGCCAGCUAUAUAUAGCCUGCGUUACAAGUAUAGCCGAUUACGGAUCGAUUAUUUGGUGGCGAGGCCAAGCCGGCUUCAAAAAGCGACUCCAGGAGCUCCAAAACCUAGCUUUACGCAAGAUAUUAGGGGUAUUCAAAACAGCCCCUAUCGUACCAAUGGAAGUGGAGGCCAGCUUACCCCCCCCUGAAAUCCGGCUUAAUAGCUCAAUCCGGCAAUACGCUCUCCGGCUUACUAGGCUCUCUAAAAGCCACCCGGUUAAUAUAGAAGCUAGUAAAAAUACCGAAAGAGCUAGAGCCGAUUUAGCUAACGCCUCGAUAGCUAGACGGUACCUAGCUAGGCCUGAUUCGGAUUCGGAUUCAGCUUCAGAUUCGGAACUUAACUAUACUGAACCGACAUUAGCUAUACAGCUUGACCGGAUUAUCGGCUCAAUUAGCUAUAUAGUUAGCGAUAGCUACGAACGAACCCAGCACUUCCAAUUCCCUCCCUGGGCCCGAAAAACACCUUAUUCGGUCGAAAUCAGUCAAUUGCCCAAAGAGGAAGAAGCAUUGGCCCAUAAUACCUUAAUAUCGAUCCCAAAUACCCGAAUUACCCACGUUUACUCCGACGCUUCCUAUAUACCCGACGGUAUAGGUGUCGGAGUCGGUAUAGCUAUACCUACUCGGUAUAGUAGUAUAGUUAAUAUCGGGGCCGAACAGCUUGUUUACAACGGAGAACUUGAAGGGGUUACGCAGGCUAUUGAGUACGUUAGCUCAAUAGCUAUACCCCGGCAGAAAUACCGGAUCUAUUCGGAUAAUCAGGCCGGUCUACACCGCCUAAAAACGCCUAGCGAUAACCCUGGCCAAGAUUGCCAAAUUAGGGCUAUCCAGGCUACCGAAGUAGCAAUUCGAAAAGGAGCUAGUAUCGAGCUAGCGUGGGUCCCAGGGCAUACCGAUAUUGAAGGAAACGAGCUUGCUGAUCGCUUAGCUAAGCAAGCUACACUUGAGGAGCCUAGCUCUAAUAGUACUAGCUUCGCCUACCUAGGAAUGAAAAUCAAAGGAAUUCGCAGGGCUGAGUGGUUAAGUUAUUUAACUAACUAUACAACGAAUAAGCCCAAUUCCAACCCAAAUAGCUAUACCCGCAAGUUUAUCUGGAAAAUAGGGGCUAGACCCCUAAUUCCACCUAAUACGAAAAGGGAAAUAGCUAGUGCCUUUUAUCAGCUCAAGCUAGGCCACGGAUACCUCAAAUCGUACCUAUUUAGGCUAGAUCGCUCCAAUAGCGAUCUAUGCCGGUGCGGCAAGAGAGAGACCCCUGAACACCUACUCCUUAGCUGUUCGGAGUACAAAGGAGCUAGAUCGGCACUCAAAUCGGAACUUAGGGGGGUUAGGCUCACCCUACCCCUUUUAUUACACACCAAGGUCGGAAUAGCGGCGACGAUUAACUUCCUAAAGGAGACUAAGAUCGUAACGAGGCGGUGGCACUUAGAGAGGGCGGAGGAGGAGUAUUAA